AUGGCAUCCAAGGACAGGGAUAUCCUCCCGGACGUGGUCAAGCCUGUUCAUUACAAUGUGUCUUUGUUUGACCUUCAGUUCGGCGGCUCAUGGGGUUAUAAGGGUACCGUCAAAAUCGAUUCCAAGGUCACCCGUCCUACAAAAUCGAUCGUGUUGAACUCCAAGGAAAUCGAAGUCCAGGAUGCUGAAGUUUUUGGAAAGGACGGGACCAAGCUGGCAAAGGCGUCUAAUAUCGCAUACGAUACCAAGUCGGAAAGGGUCACUUUUACCUUUGCAGAGGAAAUCCAUCCCGCAGAUGUUGUCCUGUCAAUCAAUUUCACCGGUAUUAUGAACAAUGCCAUGGCUGGAUUUUCUCGCUCCAAGUAUAAGCCGGUGGUGGAUCCGACCGAAGACACACCCAAGGAGGGCGAUUCCUAUUACAUGCUUAGUACCCAAUUCGAAUCUUGUGAUGCUCGUAGGGCAUUCCCUUGCUUCGAUGAACCGAAUCUAAAGGCCACAUUCGACUUUGAGAUUGAGGUUCCCCGAGGACAAACAGCCCUUAGCAACAUGCCUAUCAAGUCUGAGAGGAGCGGCAGUAGGCCAGAACUCAAGAUGGUCUCUUUCGAAACUACACCGGUCAUGAGUACUUACCUUCUGGCAUGGGCAGUCGGUGACUUUGAAUAUGUUGAGGCUAUGACUCAGCGCAAAUAUCAAGGCAAGAGCAUCCCCGUUCGCGUGUAUACGACCAAGGGCCUUAAGGAGCAGGCCCGCUUUGCUUUGGAGUGUGCCCAUCGUACGGUCGAUUACUUCUCUGAAAUCUUUGAGAUCGAGUAUCCGUUGCCUAAGGCGGAUCUCCUUGCUGUCCACGAGUUUGCUAUGGGCGCCAUGGAGAACUGGGGACUUGUUACCUACCGAACGACUGCUGUACUUUUCGACGAGGGCAAGUCAGACACCAGAUACAAGAAUCGUAUUGCAUAUGUCGUCGCGCACGAAUUGGCGCACCAAUGGUUCGGAAAUCUCGUAACGAUGGAUUGGUGGAAUGAGUUGUGGCUCAACGAAGGCUUUGCAACAUGGGUUGGCUGGCUUGCUGUGGAUCAUUUCUAUCCAGGUAUUCAAUGGACCCGGGCACUUACAGACCAAAUGCAGCUGACAAUUUUCUCGCGAACAGAGUGGAACAUAUGGUCUCAGUUUGUUGCUGAGAGUGUCCAACAAGCAUUUCAACUCGAUUCAUUACGAGCUUCCCACCCGAUUGAGGUUCCUGUGAGGAACGCUCUUGAAGUCGAUCAAAUUUUCGAUCACAUCAGCUACCUCAAGGGAAGCUCGGUCAUCCGGAUGCUAAGCGAUCAUCUUGGUCGGGAAACAUUUCUGCGGGGAGUAGCCACUUAUCUCAAAGCCCAUGCAUAUGGUAAUGCUACCACUAAUGAUCUCUGGAGCGCUCUCAGCGAAGCGUCCAAUCGGGAUGUUACUAGCUUUAUGGAUCCAUGGAUUCGCAAGAUUGGCUUUCCUGUUGUCACCGUAACCGAGCAAGCCGGUCAGCUCAAUGUUCGUCAGAACCGCUUCUUGUCGACAGGUGAUGUUAAGCCCGAGGAAGAUGAGACGGCUUGGUGGAUUCCCCUUGGUGUCAAAUCAGGACCUAAGAUGGCCGACGUAAAGCCCGGUGCUCUCGUUUCCAAGGAAGCUACAAUUGGGGAACUCGGAAAAGAUUCCUUUUACAAGCUGAACAAAGACCUGUCCGGCUUUUACCGAACCAAUUACCCUGCCGAUCGGCUGGCGAAACUCGCUCAAUCACUGGAACUGCUGAGCACCGAGGAUAAGAUCGGAUUGAUUGGCGAUGCCGCUGCCCUGGCUGUUUCCGGGGACGGAUCCACUGCUGCUCUAUUGGCUCUCUUAGAGGGGUUUAAGGGCGAAAAGAAUUAUCUGGUCUGGUCCCAAAUCUCUUCCACCGUUGCGAACUUACGCUCUGUGUUCGCCCAGAAUGAGUCGGUAGCAGCGGGACUCAAGAGGUUUGCCCUGGAGCUCUCAUCCCCUGCCGCUAAUGAAAUCGGUUGGGAAUUCAGCGCGGAGGAUGACUAUCUCACUGUCCAGCUUCGUAAGCUUCUAAUUGGGAUGGCUGGCCGUGCGGGCCACAAAGACAUAAUACCCGAGGCCAAACGACGAUUCGAGCUUUGGAAAACAGGCAACGAUAAGAACGCUGUGCAUACCAACCUCCGCUCAGUGAUCUUUAGUAUCGUAAUCUCGGAGGGCGGUCGUGAAGAAUACAACGCCGUAAAGCAGGAGUAUCUCAAAACCGACUCCGUUGACGGCAAGGAGAUUUGCCUGGGAGCCCUUGGGCGUACUAAAGAUGCUGAGCUGGUAAAGGAUUAUAUGGACUUUGUCUUCUCAGACAAGGUUGCAAUCCAGGAUGUUCAUAAUGGCGCGACUUCAAUGGCUACGAAUCCCUUAACUCGCCACCUUCUAUGGACAUAUAUGAAAGAGAACUGGGCGGCAGUUGAAGCUCGUUUGUCAGCGAACAAUGUUGUUUUCGAGCGGUUUGUGCGCAUGGGGCUCUCCAAAUUCGCAGACCACGAUAUUGCAGCCGAUAUUGCUUCGUUUUUCCGGGAGAAGGACACCGGUGCGUACGAUCGCGCCCUGGUAAUCGUUGCUGAUAGCAUCCGGACGAAUGCACGCUACAAGGAAAGAGAUGAGAAGCAGGUCUUGGAAUGGCUUCAGGCACAGGGCUACGCUUGA